CGUCGAAAAAACAAUAAUAUGAAUUUGGGUAAACGACAUAUUUUUUUCUUCGCUCAUCUUAUUCAUUUAAUAUCAUCUUGGGAGUACAAAGAUGUUGGUUUGUGGGAAAAUGAAUAUCCAUCCUGCGGUGGCGCACAACAGUCUCCAAUAAAUCUUGAUGAUAUCGAGCAAAGUGAUAAUUCAGGAGGAACAAUCACUUUCAAGCGUUAUAACAUAACUCCUAAAAAAAUGACGAUAAAAAACAAUGGACAUACUGUGGAAAUAAAGCCCGAGUGGAACGGCUCAUCUAAGCAAAAGCCUAGGGUCAUUAAGGAUGGCACAGAAUAUGAAGUUGUUCAAUUACAUUAUCAUUGGGGCUCUUCUGAUGAUAGUGGAAGUGAACAUGUAUUUAAUAAAGUCAGAACAUCACUAGAAGUACACGUAGUUCAUUGGAAUCCCGAUUACGGUAGUUUUGAUCCAGAACAAGGAGAUGGAAUACUUGUCAUUGGAAACUUAUAUAUAACUGAUGAUAAAUACAGUGCUGAAUAUUUGAACGGGGUGAUAUCUUCGUUUCCUAAUAUUAAUGAACCAGAUUCCGAACCUGUUGAAAUUGAACCAUUUUCAUUGUCAAAGAUACUUACUGAAAGCUGGGCUGAUGCUUAUCUUACUUAUACUGGAUCUUUAACGACACCACCGUGCAGCGAAGGUGUUUCAUGGGUUAUAUUAAAUAAUCCGAGCACAGUUGAUAGUCGACAGAUGGAAGCAUUCCGUACUAUUAAAUUUUCUCAUGGUGAUGAUCACAACAAUCGUCCGCUUCAAUCACCAAAUUCGCGACAAAUAACUCGAGUUUCAAGAUUUCAAUCAAAACUCAUGAUCUAUUUUGUUUCAUUUACGUUAAUGAUGGAAAAUUGGAUGCAUUUAAGUGUCAUUAAAAAUUUUUGUAAAAUCCUGCUUUCACACACCUUUUGCUCAUAUUGUAACACCGUGAUUAUCGAUUACCUUCACUUUAUAGAUGAGUUUCAAAAUAUUUAUUAUUAUAUAACAUGAUUUAUUUAUUAUUGUAUUACUUAUCGAAACAUAUUGGUCUCAAUAAAUAAAGACAAAACGUCGCAAAUUAACA